UUCACGUGUUUGGCUUUGUACCACUUCAAGACUGUUCUUGGAGUUUUCAAAGACCCUGUUGGAUUCUUUAAAAGACUGGCUUGAAGCUUGGAAACUAUCUUGAUAUUGCAAUGCGGACUUCAAGCAGCAUGGACAGUGCCAAGAAGUGGCUUGGACUUAGUAUAUCCUUAAAUUUUUACUUAUUAGUGAACCUCAUUACUAUUGUACUAUCCGGGAACAUCAGACUAGCCAGCAAAGGCCAAGGAGAUGGCUCAUCGGACAACUUGCUUCUGCAUCAGCGAAUGAAGAGGAGUUGGGUGUGGAACCAGUUCUUUGUUUUGGAAGAAUACACAGGAACUGAUCCUUUGUAUGUUGGAAAGCUCCAUUCUGAUAUGGAUAGAGGAGAUGGAUCAAUCAAAUAUAUUCUCUCAGGAGAAGGAGCGGGUGUUGUGUUUACCAUUGAUGACACCACUGGAGAUAUCCAUGCAAUCCAGAGACUUGACCGGGAAGAGAGAUCCCAGUAUACAUUAAGAGCUCAAGCCUUGGAUAGAAGAACAGGUAGACCAAUGGAACCAGAAUCUGAAUUUAUCAUCAAAAUCCAAGAUAUCAAUGACAAUGAACCCAAGUUCCUCGAUGGACCAUACAUUGCUUCUGUACCAGAAAUGUCACCAGUCGGUACCUCUGUUAUCCAAGUGACAGCAACAGAUGCUGAUGAUCCAACCUAUGGGAACAGUGCCAGGGUAGUCUACAGCAUUAUCCAAGGACAACCAUAUUUCUCAGUAGACUCCCGAACAGGAUUAAUUAGAACAGCACUAAUGAACAUGGACCGAGAAGCAAAAGAAUAUUAUGAAGUGAUAAUCCAAGCCAAAGAUAUGGGUGGACAGCUGGGAGGAUUAGCCGGUACCACCACAGUCAAUAUCUCUCUCUCUGAUGUAAAUGACAACCCACCCAGAUUUCCACAGAAACAUUAUCAGAUGAGCGUACUGGAAUCUGCUCCGGUCAGCUCUACUGUGGGCCGCGUUGUUGCUAAAGAUUUAGAUGAAGGCAUUAAUGCUGAAAUGAAAUACAGCUUUGUAGAUGGAGAUGGACUGGAUGUCUUUGAUAUUACCACAGAUCCUACUUAUCAAGUUGGCAUCAUCACAGUGAGAAAGCCACUGAGCUUCGAGAGCAAAAAAACGUACACUUUAAAAGUAGAGGGUGCUAAUCCUCACCUGGAAAUGCGUUUCUUGAACCUAGGCCCGUUCCGUGACACUGCCACUGUGCAUAUCAGUGUGGAGGAUGUGGAUGAGCCCCCAGAGUUUGAACCUAGCUUUUAUUUUGUGGAGGUACCUGAAGAUGUGGACAUUGGGACAACCAUACAAAUGAUUAAUGCCAAGGACCCUGAUGUGACCAACAACUCAAUCAGGUACUCCAUUGAUCGAAGCAGUGAUCCUGGACGUUUCUUUUAUGUUGACAUCACAACAGGGGCUCUGAUGACUGCAAGACCGCUGGAUCGGGAAGACAUUGCAUGGCACAACAUCACAGUGCUGGCCCUAGAGCUGAACAAUCCUUCACAGGUUGGCAGUGUUUCAGUCACAAUAAGAGUCUUGGAUGUAAAUGACAAUGCUCCAGAAUUUCCCAGGUUUUAUGAGGCCUUUGUGUGUGAAAAUGCAAAAGCUGGACAGCUGAUUCAGACAGUGAGUGCGGUAGACCAAGAUGACCCACAGGAGGGACACCACUUCUACUACAGCUUGGCUCCGGAGGCAGCUAACAACCCCAAUUUUACUCUGAGGGACAAUCAAGACAACACAGCUUGGAUUUUAACCAGGAGAUCAGGCUUCCGGCAGCAUGAGCAGAAUAUUUUUUAUCUUCCUAUCCUGAUAACUGACAGUGGACGCCCCAUGCUGAGUAGCACUGGGACGGUAACCAUUCAUGUUUGCAACUGUGACGACAAAGGUCUUGUGAUGUCCUGCAAUGCGGAGGCCUAUGUUCUGCCUGUCAGCCUCAGCAGAGGAGCACUUAUUGCCAUUCUAGCGUGCAUCUUCGUCUUGCUAGUGCUGGUGCUGCUGAUCUUAUCCAUGAGAAGACAUCGGAAGCAGCCUUACAUUAUUGAUGAAGAGGAGAACAUCCAUGAGAACAUUGUCCGAUAUGAUGAUGAGGGGGGUGGGGAGGAAGACACGGAGGCUUUCGAUAUUGCUGCCCUGUGGAACCCUAGAGAAGCACAAGUGGUGCUGAAGAGCAGACAGGACAUGAUGCCAGAAAUCGAAAGCCUCUCCAGAUACGUGCCUCAGGCUUGCACGAUGGAUAGCAGCGUCCAUAGCUAUGUGUUGGCCAAGCUCUACGAAGCUGACAUGGACCUCUGGGCGCCUCCCUUUGACUCUCUCCAGACAUAUAUGUUCGAGGGCAACGGCUCAGUGGCAGAGUCACUCAGCUCCUUACAGUCGGUGUCUACGGACUCAGAACAGAGCUAUGACUAUCUCACAGACUGGGGGCCUCGCUUUAAAAAGCUGGCUGAAAUGUACGGUGCCACAGAAGCCCUUUGGUAACAAAGAGGGGAAAGGUAGAGUACUCUAGUACUCCGUGCAGCCAUCCAGAUUUGUACUCGUCAGAUACGAGGACAUGGGUGAGGUGGCUUCCUACAAAUAGCAAUAUGGUGCUUGAGGGAGAAGGUGGAAGAGAAGUGCAAAUAAAUAAAUGCUCUCUCUGGAUCAGCUUUACUCAGUUACAUUAAGCUACAUUUGUAAACAACAGCAAACAGAAAAUGGGUGGGGAUUAUUUCCUGGGUAUGGAUUUCUUUUUUUUAAUGGUUACCCCCAAACAUUACACUCCUGGACUAGAAAGAUAUUAUCAUCUUUUGCUGAUUUCUU